GGGUUAUUGAACUUGAGUUAGUAUAUAUAGUGCGUGUCAUUGUCCUGGAGAGGAAAGCAGGAAAUGGCUACCUUGGACGAAAGACCCUCUGCCAAGAGGUGGCUUCCUCUUGAAGCUAAUCCUGACGUGAUCAAUCAGUUCCUAUGGGGUCUUGGGCUUCCACCAGACGAAGCUGAAUCCUGCGAUGUUUAUGGCUUAGACGAUGACCUUCUUCAAAUGGUUCCCAGCCCUGUUCUUGCCGUCCUUUUCCUUUAUCCACUUACCUCUAAGAGCGAAGAAGAGAGGUUGCAACAGGAAAAUGAAAAAAGGGAAAAUAGCAAUAAAGUGUAUUUUAUGAAGCAAACUGUGGGUAAUGCUUGUGGUACAAUAGGGCUUCUUCAUGCUCUUGGGAACAUAACUUCUGAGAUCAAGCUUGUUGAGGAGUCGUUCUUUGACAAGUUCUUCAAAACUACUGCAAGCAUGGACCCAAUGCAGCGUGGUGUAUUUCUCGAGAAUGACAGAGAGAUGGAAGUUGCUCAUUCAGUGGCAGCAAGUGCUGGUGAUACAGAGGCAUCAGACAAUGUGGACACUCAUUUCAUCUGCUUUGUUUGUGUGGACGGUGAACUCUAUGAGCUUGAUGGAAGAAAGUCGGGACCAAUAUCUCAUGGCCCAUCCUCACCAAGUACAUUGUUGAAGGAUGCAGCUAAAGUCAUCCAAAGCAUGAUCCAGAAAAAUCCAGAAUCCUUGAACUUCAAUGUCAUUGCAAUAUCAAAGAAAUCCGCAGAUGGACAAAAUUGAGGCUGUCAAUUUGGGAUUUUCGGGUUCGUAAUGAAGCAGUUUUUAAAGUUAUUUGCAGUAUGAUCCCUAUGCAGCUCCUUGUUCACUUGGCUUGUGUGCGCCGAGAUUUUUAUUUUUCAUUUGAGUGAUCUACCAAGCCUAGUCUCUCUGGUUAAUACUCUCCAACCACUUUGACUGAAUCUUGGCUUUGGCUGCUUUAAAUGAUUCCUCUCCAAAAUUGAUCUCGUUAUGUGGCACGUGUAGACGACCUCCAAGAAUCAUGGACCUCCAGCUCAACCAUAACUGCUAACCUCACUUCUUCAAUGUAUUUGUGAUUGUCAACCAGUAACAGCCUAUAUAUUGUAACUUCAUAUAGGACACAUCAUGCAAAUUAUGUGUGGAAAAUGGCGGUUCGAGCUUAAGUUGAGUGUAGCAAGGGAGAACUAGAACACAUUGUGUGUGAGAGAGCUCUUUAAAUCAAAGAAUUUAGAUUGCUUCAGCAUA